CGUGUACACAACUGAAAACAAAAAAAAAAGCAAACACAAACAGAACCAACCAACCCCGCAAGCAAGCAACAAGAGCAAGAAGCAAGCAGCGAGAAUCUCCAGCGUGUCCAUCAUUGCCACGACCACCGACCAACCGACCACCGGCUCGCUCGUCGCAACGGAAGAAGUGGAGCAGCCACAGACGCAGAAGACAAUUUCAACAAGAGCACACUCAUUCAAAGAAGACCACCACCGAAGAUGGGGAAAUUCGACCGCGAAAUAAUGGAGGCCACCUCUGAGCGCAAGGUGACGGAGGACUGGCAGGCGUUUAUGAACCUGGCCGACAAGAUGCAGCGCGCAACGUUUGAGGAAUGCCGCGACGCAUCGCGCAUGAUGAUGCGCAGGCUGAAGGAGCGCAACCCGCUUGCAGUGUCGUACUCCAUCACGUUGCUGCAUGCGCUUGUGGAGAACGGAGGCCCAGAGUUUCGCAAGGCCGUCCUCUGCCGUGACAACUUUGCCACCAUUCGCCAGGUGCUCAAGUCGCAGCUGCCAGAAAAGGUGAAGCAAAACAUGCGCACCAACCUACUUGAAUGGCAGAAGGACUUUGGCAGCCAGGCCCAAUUUCGCAUCGUCAACGACUGGGUGCAGGACCUGCGCCGGGAAGGACUGGUGUCCAGCAGUGCUGGUACUGGCGCCACAACCGCGUUCAGCAGCGUCCCGGCCACUGCCGCCGCAACCACCACCGCUUCGUCAAACUUUCUCUCCCCAAACACAUCCGCGGGAACUGGCGCACGCACGCGCGAGGCUGAAAUGCAAUACGAGGCCGACCUUGCGCGCGCCAUCAAGGAGUCACUCAACGCAGCAUCAACGCCACAACAGCAGCAGCAGCAGCCAUCCUACGCUCCCGCCCCAACUCAGCGCAAGCAGCGCACAGGCCAACCGGUGAAGGUGCUGUAUGACUUUGAAGGCUCAGAGGAAAAUGAACUCUCCCUCAACGCAGGCGACAUCAUCACCGUCACCGACAAAUCCGACCCCAACUGGUGGCAGGGUGUCUCGCGCACGGGCGACGAAGGGUUCUUUCCGUCGUCGUUUGUGUCCUUUGACCUCAACGCCGAGGUCGUGCCGGAGGUGAGGGCCGCACAGCCCGACGGCGCUGAUGUGCAGAAGGAAGAGGACGAGCAGCAGCACGUUGACGAGGAGGAGGAGGAGGAGGAUGUGGAUGUGGUUGAAGAAGUGCGCCCAGCGAAGACGAAGGCGAAGGCGAAGUCGAAGCAGUCCCGCUCAAGCAAGAAGCAUCAGGGCCAGGCAGCUGCCGCAGACACCACACAGCAGCAGACUGCUGCCACUAGUGCUGUUGACAGCGCCCUCUUUGACCGUUUCCUCGAACUCGUUGUCUCCACGCGUCCCGGGGACCACACGCACGACGCAGAGAUGGACGACCUUGAGAAGCAAUGCGACGCAGCAAUCACGGGCGUAACGGAGCGCGUGGACGACUACGACCGCCGCCUCGCCCGCGUCAACCAAGUCCUCGAGAAAUACGCACUGGUGAAUGCGCUGUCGACGCGGCUGAUGGCGCAGGAUCCCGGGAUGGCCCGCGUUACGCGCCCGCCACACCAGCUUGGCGUAGCCAUGCACCCAUCGCAAGCACACGCGCCACCACCGUCACUGCCACCACACGCGCAGCAGGGACGAGGCGGGUACCCCAUGCAGCACCACACCGCGCUCGCACCACACCACCCGCAACAGCAGCAGCCGUACCAGCCCGGCAUGCCGGCGCCGUCGCAGCAGGACGGAUACGGUGCACCGCCCAUGGGUCCACGGCCCCCGGUGCCGCCGCAGAUGACCGCACACCAGCAGCAACACCACCAACACCACCAGCAACAGCAGCAUCCUGGUCAAGCACAGCCACAGCAGCAUCGGCCACCCCAGCCACCGUUUCAGGCACAUCAGCCGGGCAAACAAGGGCCGCCCGCUUCCUUCCCGCCAUCGUCCCAGCAGCAACCGCCACCGCAACUGCCACCCCAGCAGCAACAGCAGCAAUAUCCCUAUCCUCCCCCCAUGUCACAGCCACCCCCACCUCAGGGCGCGACACCCGCCUACCGUCCACCGCCGGGCCACUUUGCUCCUCCUCCUCAUCAGCAGCAGCAGCAGCAAGGAUGGAUGCCUUCAUCGGUGGCCUGAGAUGGUGCGUGUCAUCCCCUGUGCUUAUGCUGCGGCAUGACGCUGCACGUGACACGCUGUGUUACAUAGACCCUGCCCUCAAACAAAACGGCCAAUACACAAACAAUAACAAAG